GGCCGGCGGCGGCCAUGACGCCGGCGGGCGGGAAGCCGUACCGCUGCCCCGACUGCGGCAAGGGCUUCCGCUACAGCUCGGUCCUGCACCUGCACCGGCGGGCCCACGCGGGCGGCCCGGCCCGCGGGGCCGGGCCCCGGCGCGCGGCCGCCGGGCGAGACCUCUACAUCUGCAGCGAGUGCGGGCAAGAGCUUCCGCCGCAGCGCCCAGCUGGACCUGCACAGAGCGCCCACCGGCGGGGCCGGCCCUGCCGCUGCCGGGUCUGCGGCCGCCGCUUCCCGCACCGGGCGGCCCUGGCGCGCCACCGCCGGGCCCACCCCGCGACCCGCCGCCGCUGCCCGGCCUGCGGCCGCCGCUUCCGCCGCGCCGCCUUCGUCUUCCACUUCGAGCGGGGCCCACGGCGGGGGCCGCGGGGCCGGGGGCCGGCCCGGGCCCGCGGCCGGGGCCCCCCGCGGCGGCCCCACCGGCUGCGGGGGACCACCGGCGGGACCCACACGGGCGAGAGGCCCUCAAGUGCCCCGGACUGCGGGCAAGGCCUUCACCGAGAGCGGCCCACGCUGGUGCGCCACCACCGGGACCCACACGGGCGGAGAAAGCCCUACGCCUGCCCGGACUGCGGCCGCCGCUUCAGCGAGAGCUCCACGCUGACCCGCCACCGCCGGGGCCACAAGGGCGAGCGGCCCCACCGCUGCCCGGCCUGCGGCAAGCGGUUCGGCCAGCGCUCCGACCUGGUGGUCCACCAGCGGACCCACACGGGCGAGAGGCCCUACGCCUGCCCGGACUGCGGCCGCCGCUUCGGGGACCGCUCGGACCUCACCAAGCACCGGCGGACCCACACGGGCGAGCGGCCCUACCGCUGCGACCUCUGCGGCAAGGCCUUCACCUGCGUGUCCAACCUCAACGUCCACAAGCGCAACCACGCCGGCGACAAGCCCCACAGGUGCCCCGACUGCGGCAAGAGCUUCGGCGUCGGCUCCAAGCUGGCGCUCCACCGCAAGACGCACCAGGGCGAGAGGCCCGCCCGCUGCCCCGACUGCGGCAAGUGCUUCAGCCACAGCCGCUCGCUCUCCCAGCACCGGCGGGCGCACGCCCGGGCCGGGCUGGCCGCCGCCGCCGCCGCGGUCGGACCGCGGUUUCUUCCCCUCUCCCCCGUGCCCGCCGGGGGAGGGGCGAGACGGGAAGGGUCGGGGGGAUAG